AUGAUCCUGUCGCGUGCUCUUGUUGUGAUCUUCGGCCUUCAGUGCGCCUCUGGCUACAGACACGAGAUGCACUUGAAACCGCGCAACGAGGCGUCCAGCAACAAGUCAACUCAACAUGAUGCCAGUGGCGACACAGAGGCAUCACUGUCUUGCGUGUACGCGUGGGAUGAGUUCGAGUGCGAAGGCUACCAUUCCUAUCCCGAGGACAGCUUCAAGUACAUCCCUGAUGGAAGGUGCUGCACCCAGAAAUUUGUGACCUGCGAAAGCGGGUCGAACCCUUACACGUGCGAAGGCGAACACGGCGAAGAGAAGAAGAAAGGUUGGAAGUUCUACAGGAGCAAGGAGUCGCACAUGAGGGGCAGGUGCUGCCUCAUUACCGACUCACAAGUACGGCUGACUUGUGAGACAGGGUUGAGUUCGUUCGAUUGCGAAGGCUUCCAUUACUUUCCCGAUGACAGCUUCAAGUACAUCGGUGAUGUCGACGGUGGGAAGUGCUGCACACAUAAGUCGCUGGAAUGCGCAGAAGGGUCGAACCCUUACAGGUGCGAAGGCGAACAUGGCGAAAAAAAGAAGGAAGGUCAAAAGUUCAUCAGGAGCAAGGAGUCGAACAUGAGGGGCAAGUGCUGCAUCGUUCCCAUGGACGAGCGGUCCGGAUGGUGGUGGUAG